AGAGGCACUUCUGAGCACUCGCAGAAACGCCGGGGCCGCAAGGAGCUGCUUCUGAGGAGUCCCCCCGCUCCUCCGGCCUUAAUGCAAGGCUUGGCUUUGGAGGCACCAAGGGGCGGCCAGGAGCCAGGAGGCAGCCUCAGCCUGACUGGUUCACCCAGGAUCAAGCGGGGGGGCCCAGGAUCCAGGUGAUCAUCUGCUGGAGAGAUGGCUGAUGUCCACAACAGUUCGCUAGACAGCCCAGGGAGUGUGGGGGCUGUGGCCGUGCCUGUGGUCUUUGCCCUCAUCUUCCUGCUGGGCACGGUGGGCAACGGGCUGGUGCUGGCGGUGCUGCUGCAGCCCGGCCCCGGUGCGUGGCAGGAGCCCGGCAGCACUACGGACCUGUUCAUUCUCAACCUGGCCGUGGCCGACCUCUGCUUCAUCCUGUGCUGCGUGCCGUUCCAGGCCGCCAUCUACACGCUGGACGCCUGGCUCUUCGGGGCCCUGGUCUGUAAGGCUGUGCACCUGCUCAUCUACCUCACCAUGUACGCCAGCAGCUUCACGCUGGCCGCUGUCUCCGUGGACAGGUGUGCCUGGAACCGGGCCGGGCGGGCGGGGGAGGGAAGACCUGAACAGAUGCCCAUUGGCCUUAGGAGAGAGAGAACAGGGGACCCAAAGGGGACAUGGAGAGAGGAAAGGAACAGCUCCCUGGCCGCCACCGUCCAGUCUCGGGGCGCCUGCAGGGCAGGCUUGAGGGGACCAUCCUGCCCUCCCCGACUCCAUGAUGAGCUUCCCCCAAAGAUCUCUGUCUCCAGGGUCCUCACCAGGUCUGGCACAUGACAGGUGCCGUGUGAGUGAAAUGAAGGGGGAAGGAAUACACGAAGGACUCAGAUAUUUAUUACCACCCAUGCCUGGCCCGGGUGCGGUCAUCCAUAGCUGUUUGCAAGGCUUGACACUUGGGUCAAAUCCAGGCUCGCUCUCUAGCCGAUGAGCUUGGCCAAGUCACUGUUCUCUGUACCCCCAGGCACCUCUCGAAGCGCUUUGCCUGUGAACCCCCUUAAUCACCACCACCCGGGAGGGAGGU